AUGUCUGACUUCCAAAAGGAAAAGGUUGAACAAACCGAAGAACCACAAAUCAUCAAGAUCAGAAUUACUUUGACUUCCACCAAGGUCAAGCAAUUAGAAAAUGUUUCCAACAACAUUGUCUUGAACGCUGAACAACACAACUUGGUCAAGAAGGGUCCAGUCAGAUUACCAACCAAGGUUUUGAAGAUCUCCACCAGAAAGACUCCAAAUGGUGAAGGUUCCAAGACUUGGGAAACUUACGAAAUGAGAAUCCACAAGAGAUACAUCGAUUUGGAAGCUCCAGUUAACAUCGUUAAGAGAAUCACCCAAAUCACCAUUGAACCUGGUGUAGAUGUCGAAGUUGUUGUCGCCAGCAACUAA